UUUACAGUAAAUUUGGUCGAUUGGUUUGACCUCGACUGUUAAGUUGAGUUGAGUUGAACUUCGUAUCUACUGAUUUUUUCACUUUUUACCGAGUUCUCGAGCUGUUUUUCGUUCGCAUUCUCCGUUCGGUCUCGAAAUAGACAACAUGGCAACAAGAACUUUAGCGAAAUUCAUGUACGGAAAAGUUCAAUCCAACAUUAUCCGUCCAAAUAUAGUUAAUGGAGCGAAAUUAUUCAGCACUACGAACCCGGCCCUUGCUCAAGCAAACUAUGAAUUCAUCAAAGUAGAAACAACGGGGGCUAACAAAAAUGUAGGUUUGAUUACAUUGAAUCGCCCCAAAGCUUUAAACGCUCUUUGCAAUGGAUUAAUGACCGAAGUGGCUCAAGCUAUUGAUACACUUGAGAAGGAUAAAAGCGUUGGUGCUAUUGUUAUAACUGGUAGUGAGAAAGCUUUUGCUGCAGGAGCUGAUAUUAAAGAGAUGCAAAAUAAUACUUACGCACAAUGUAUUUCUGGGAAUUUUUUGAGCCACUGGAAUAGAGUUGCUGAAAGCACCAAACCUGUUAUCGCCGCUGUUAAUGGAUAUGCUUUAGGAGGAGGUUGUGAAUUAGCAAUGAUGUGCGAUAUAAUUUACGCCGGUGAAAAAGCAAAAUUCGGCCAACCGGAAAUUUUAAUUGGAACAAUUCCCGGAGCCGGUGGCACCCAACGUUUACCAAGAUACGUUGGAAAAUCAAAAGCGAUGGAAAUCGUUUUAACCGGUGAUCAAAUCACCGCCCAAGACGCCGAAAAAAUGGGAUUAGUAAGCAAAAUUUUCCCCGCGGAUCAAUUGGUGAACGAAGCCGUUAAAUUGGGUGAAAAAAUCUCGAAGAAUUCACCUUUAAUCGUUUCCAUGUGUAAAGAAUCCGUUAAUACGGCGUAUGAAACGACUCUCCGCGAAGGUUUACACUUUGAAAAGAGAACUUUCCAUGGUACAUUUGCCACUAAAGAUCGUAAAGAAGGAAUGACCGCUUUUGUUGAGAAGCGCCCACCUAAAUUUAUUGCUGAAUAAAUUAAAAACAAUAUAAAAAUGUUUAUUUUUUGUAAUAAUAAAUUCAUCAUCAUUUA